AUGGUUGUCCGGCAUAGACUAGAAGAAAAACGAAAGCAUUCAGAUGCUGAUUUGGAAAGAGAAGAUGAAUGUGGGAUCUGCUUAGAGCCAUGCACCAAAAUGGUUCUGCCAAAUUGUUGUCAUGCAAUAUGCAUCAAUUGCUAUCAUGAUUGGAGCAUAAGGUCUGAGUCCUGCCCAUGUUGCCGUGGUAGUUUGAAGAGGGUGAAUUCAGGGGACUUGUGGGUUCUCACAUGCAGUGGGGAUGUGGUUGACCAAGUGACUGUGUCAAGGGAGGACAUGUUUCGUUUUUAUCUUUACAUAACCAGCCUGCCUAAAGAUAUUCCAGAUGCUCUUUUCUUAUUAUAUUAUGAGUACUUAAUCUAA